CUGAAUAAGAGCUAAAUGUUAAGCUUGAUCUUAAAAUUAUACUCUGAAGUGUUGUUUAGAUUUAAACUGCUGCCUUAUCAGUCCGCAUCCGAAAGGUGCAGAACUCCAGUCCGUGUUUACCGGAAGCGCUCGAGUGUAAACAAACUCAACGUUCAUAACGAGGAGACGCGCUUCAUCCUCAGAGUUAUGGAGAGUUAUGAAGACUUCAUACAGAGAUGUUAUAAUAGUAAUAAUGAUGAUGAGGCUGAAGAUGAGCCACACACACCUUUAACUACGUCAUCUCUGAUUGUGUUUCAUGGAGCUUGUAUUCUUCCUCCUGUGCUGAAUGAGCAGCAGAGAGUCGAGAUGAGGACAUUGAGAGACACAGCAGUCAGUCUGAUGACGAUGAAGAGGAGGAAGAGGGGAGAGGAAGAGUCUCAGUCCAGCUUUGCAGACGUGAGCAUCAGCCAUGCUGAACAGAACACCACCAUCACAGACAGUGACAUCAUCACCUCAGCUCCUCCCGCUCUGCUCACAUGUCACCCUCUGACGUCAACAGCUCAUGAUGACCGAUCAGCCAAUCAGCUGCGAGCUUCUCCAGAGGACCAAUCACUGGACAGCACCCAGAUCACGGUCCUGUUUGAGGGCGUCGGUCACAAGAACGACAGGUCACAUGAUGCGCUUGACAGCCAGACGGCGAUGAUGUCAUCAGGGUACGUAACCAAUGACAACACAGACCUCAGCUGGAUGGAGGCAGCCGCUGUUCGCUCCCAGCUGACUGCCACAGGAAGUGACAUCAUCAGCCACGCUCCAGUAGAUGGAGCAAUCCUAGAAGCGGAAGCUGAUGAGGUUUCACCACUAAAAAUGGCCGAUGACCUUACAGACGCUGAUGAAGGCCCGUAUCGCAUGAGUCUUCAAAACCUCCUGAAGAAAUCCCAAGAGUACCGGCGGCGGCAGCGUCUCCUGCGCACGCAAGCUAAAGCGCUGAAGCCGUCCGCAGACGAGCACAGCCUGUCAGACAAAGAGAACGAGGAGCUUCCCAAACACAUCUGGAAGACGGAGCUCAGGAAAGCCAGAGAGAAGAAGAAGGAGAAAGCAGAUCUUAUACACACAGACGUCUUCAACCAAACCAACACACACACCGCUAAUCAUGAAGACAUCAGCGCUGUGUUUACUGCACUUCCUGUUCCAGCUAAACCUCUGUAUGGCUCCAGAAUGAAGCCGCUCAGUGUGUCCAGAUCGCACUUAGCAGUGGAUGAUAAGUAUGCAAAUAUCCCCACGCCGCAGUUCUGCUCGAGCCCGGUGCGCUGUAAGAAAGGAGGCGGGGCUUCUGCUCGCGUUCAGAAAGCUUUGAGCAGAUCUGAUCUGAGAUCAGUGAAUGAUGGAGGAUUAAUGCAGACACAGCAGAUCACUCAGCUGGAGCUCAACCUGUCCAGCCUCAAAACACUGAUCUCAGACCUGGAGUCCACACUCACGCUCUCGCACGCCGACCAAUCAGAUAGCCCGGCUCAUAACUGCGUCAAACGAAUCGUCACGUUCGGUGGAGCAGUCCAGCAGGAGGUCAUCGCAGGGGAUUGUGGGAUUGAGAAGCAGACCUCGCCUGUGGGCGUCCUCACUGAUAACAGUAAUCAGAGAACACAUGCUGAUGGUGAAGGGAGCUCUCUGAUUGGCUCGUCUUAUGAUGUCGACGCCCCCUCCAGCUUGUGGAGUCAGCUGACCCCUGAGGUCGGAGGUCAUGAGGGCGUGUCCCGGGUCAAGCGGAGGCUGCUGAUGAAUGAGGAGACGCACUGCAGCCCGAGCACAGCAGUUCUGCAGACGCAGGAGGACCACGUCACAUUUCUGAUGGAGGAAGAGCGCAGACAGCAGCAGGAACUACUGCAGUCUCUAGCGGUGCGGUACCAGUUUCUGCGGAGUGUGUCCUUCCCGUGUCCCAGUGCAGCCUCACGUCUGGAGGACACGCCGACCUCCAUCCUCGCCUCAUCUGUCUGCACACACACUGAGCUCACAGACGCCCAGGUGUUGUGUCUGGCUGCAGUGGUGAAGGGUUUUCUGACUCGUCGUCUCCUGCGCACUGAACGCGUCUCUCACAUCAUCAGGACCAUCAAGGACACACAGAUGUUCCUGCAGUCGUUCCAGUCGUCUGUCAGCUGCAGGAAUGAUGUGAUGCUGCAAGAGCGCGUCACACUGCAGCUGCGUUCUGCUCGUCUGGAGCUCCACCAGCUGAUGUUCAUCUCCAGCUCUUGUGAACAGAUGCAGAUGAUCCGACAGGACCGAGAGCUGAGGCGAGAGCGCAGAACACACACGCAUCCCAAAGGGAAGCUGUCUCUGUCUGACGCCACCAGAAAAGCCCUGGAGCGCAAGAAACUGCUCCUGAUGCAGCAGAGGUCAGCUGACAGGAAGCGGUUAUCUCCAUCCACUGAGGAAAAGUGGAAACUGGUGCCAAAAAUCUGCCGCGUCUCCAAGAAGAAAACGCCGACACACGGAGCUCCAUCCCAUUUGUAUUGACCUUUAUUUAGUGCUUUUAUUUAUGAUGUUUUUAUGGCAGUGCUGCCUUCACUGCUCACUGGUUUUCUGUUGUUGCACACUUUAAUAAACGGUGCUAAUCACUGCUGUGUUUCGGC